GGAGCCUGUCCUGGCACUAGCUAGCUCUUGUAGAACAGGCUGGUCUCGAACUCACAGAGAUCUGCCUGCCUCUGCCUCCCGAGUGCUGGGAUUAAAGGCGUGAGCCACCAACGCCCGGCAUGGCCUGGGUCUUUAUGAAGAAAAAAGGGUGGUGUUAGUUGAUCUUUUUUUAAAAAAAAAAUGGAGCCAGGCAUUGAUGGUGCACCCCUUUAAUCCCAACACUGGUAGGGAGGGGGGACGGGCAGCAAGACAGGGGGAUCUCUGAGUUUGAGGCCAGCCUGGUCUAUAGAGCUAGUUCCAGGACAGCCUCCAAAGCAAUACAAACCCUGUCUCGAAAAAACAAACAAACAAAAAAACAAAUGAGCAUAUGGGUAGGCAUCCCCAGAUGACUUACAUAGGAACAAGAGGCAGUUAUGCUACUGUGAAAAGGGUACUCUGGGGGUCUGAGAGAAGGGUGGGGAUAGUCUAGGUAUAAAGGAUUUGGCCGAUGGCUCAGGUCUCUUACUAUUUUUUUUUUUUUCUAAACAGGGUUUCUCUGUGUACCCUUUGAUGUCCUGGAACUUGUUCUGUGGACCAGGCUGGCCUGGAACUCAGAUCCAACCAGCUCUGCCUCUGAGUGCUGGAAUUAAAGACUUGCCAUCACGACCUGGCCGAGAAGGCCUUGAUAUACUCAGUUUGAACCAGUUUCUAAGAAUCUUUGUGUCAGGAAGUGGCUAAGCCCAGGCCUUGCUGCUGCCAUGACUGAGGAGAGCGAGGAGACGGUCCUGUACAUUGAGCACCGCUAUGUCUGCUCUGAGUGCAACCAGCUCUAUGGAUCCUUGGAGGAGGUGCUUGUGCACCAGAACUCCCACGUGCCCCAGCAGCACUUUGAGCUGGUGGGCGUGGCUGACCCUGGCCUGGCAGUGGCCACAGAGGCAGCUUCAGGCACCGGCCUGUAUCAGACCCUCAUACAGGAGAGCUUCUACCAGUGUCUUGAGUGUGGACAGCUACUGCUGUCACCCAGCCAGCUCCUGGAGCACCAGGAGCUGCACCUGAAGAUGAUGGCACCCCAGGAGGCAGUGCCAGCUGAGCCGCCGCCCAAGGCGUGCCCCUUGAGCUCCAGCACCAUCCACUACGAGUGUGUGGAUUGUAAGGCUCUGUUCGCCAGCCAAGAGCUGUGGCUGAACCAUCGGCAGAUGCAUCUCAGGGCCACGCCCACCAAGGCUCCUGCCCCGGUUGUCUUGGGGUCCCCAGUUGUGUUGGGGUCCCCCGUGGGCCAGGCCCGAGUGGCUGUGGAGCAUUCCUACCGAAAAGCAGAAGAAGGUGGCGAAGGGGCAGCUGUGCCGUCUGCAGCUGCCGCGAGCACCGAGGUGGUGGCGGAGGUGGAGCUGCUGCUCUACAAAUGCUCCGAGUGCUCCCAGCUCUUCCAGCUGCCGGCUGACUUCCUGGAGCACCAGGCCACCCACUUCCCUGCUGUCCCAGAGGCUGCAGAACCUGCCCUCAAGCAGGAGACUCUGAUCCCCUCACCCACCGAGGUGCCAGCAUCUCUCCCUGAACCCCUGCCAGCCUCUGACCAUAGUUACGAGCUGCGCAAUGGGGAGGCCGCCGUUGGACGGGAUCGCCGGGGGCGGAAGCCCCGGAGGACCAACAGUGGGGAGUCAGGUGGGACAGCCACCCAGGAACUCUUCUGCUCAGCCUGUGACCAGCUCUUUCUCUCACCACACCAGCUACAGCAGCACUGGCGGAGUCACCGGGAGGGAGUCUUUAAGUGUCCCCUGUGCAGUCGUGUCUUCCCCAGCCCUUCUAGUCUCGAUCAGCACCUUGGUGACCAUAGCAGUGAAUCUCAUUUCCUCUGUGUGGACUGUGGCCUGGCCUUUGGCACAGAAGCCCUUCUCUUGGCCCACCGGCGGGCCCAUACUCCGAAUCCUCUGCAUUCAUGUCCCUGUGGGAAGACCUUUGUCAACCUUACCAAGUUCCUUUAUCACCGGCGUACCCAUGGGGCAGGAGGUGUCCCUUUGCCGGCAGGACCAGUUCCGCCAGAGGAGCCUGCUGUUAGCCUUCCGGAGCCAGCCCCUGCAGAGACCAGAGAGCCAGAGGCGCCAGAGCUCCCCACAUCUGAGGAGAAUCCAGCAGAGCCUGCAGCUCCAGGCACUUACCGCUGCCUCCUGUGUAGCCGUGAGUUUGUCAAGGCAUUGCAGCUGACCCGGCACCAGCGUUUCGUGCACCGGCUGGAGCGGCGCCACAAAUGCAGUAUCUGUGGAAAGAUGUUCAAGAAGAAGUCUCACGUGCGGAACCAUCUGCGCACACACACCGGAGAGCGGCCCUUCCCCUGCCCCGACUGCUCCAAGCCCUUCACCUCCCCUGCCAACCUGGCCCGCCACCGCCUCACACACACGGGGGAGCGGCCCUACCGCUGUGGGGACUGUGGCAAGGCCUUUACUCAGAGCUCCACUCUGAGGCAGCAUCGCCUGGUGCAUGCCCAGCACUUUCCCUACCGCUGCCAGGAGUGUGGACUGCGUUUUCACCGCCCUUCCCGCCUGCUCAUGCACCGCUACCACCACACAGGAGAGUACCCCUACAAGUGUCGGGAGUGCUCCCGCUCCUUCUUGUUGCGCAGGCUGCUAGAGGUGCACCAGCUUGUGGUCCACGCCGGGCGCCAGCCCCACCACUGCCCUUCCUGUGGGGCUGCCUUCCCCUCUUCUCUGCGGCUUUAUGAGCAUCGCUGUGCAGCUGCUGCCACCCAGGCCCCACGGCGCUUUGAGUGUGGGACCUGUGGCAAGAAAGUGGGCUCUGCUGCUCGCCUGCAGGCCCAUGAGGCUGCCCAUGCUGCUGCUGGCCCUGGAGAGGCUGGCCCCCGUUUUUCUCUUUUCUCUGAAGGCCUCCAACAGCCCCUUAAAACCUGUGUACAUAUUGUACCCCUCUCUCCUCUCCACCACCAUAUAAGUUGUGUAACUAAAUUUAUUUUUCUUCUGAGGGGGUCUCUCUGGGGUCCUUGAAACCAUAAAGGACCCCUCCCCCUGUCCCCACCUUCCACCUGUUGGGUGGUCUCCAAAUGAAGCCGUCAAUAAAGACUGAGUUGGACAUUUA